UAUAUAUAUAUAUAUACAUAAACUAAAAAGAAAUCCCACCAAUGAUUCUGCCACAGGAAAAUAUUAAUAAAGUAUUUUUAAAAUAAACUUUAAAAAGUUUCCAAGUUAGGAUGAUGGGGAAAAUAUUGAUAAAUUCGUAGUCAGUAUUUUAAUUUUUAAAAAAAUAUUUAAUCUGACAUUGUUGUUUAAAUCUUAAUCAAAAGCUGAAAGCAUUUAGAGAAAUCAAUCAGUACCAUUCAACAACCUGAGUCAGCCUUCAUCUUUCUAAGACCAUAUUAGAUCUGGCGUUUUAGUUUGCGUUGUAGAACAAGACUGAGUGUGGCAGAGCAAGACAGAAGAGAGGAGGGAGGAGAGCGAGAUAAUAAGAAAAAGGGAGCGAGAGAACAAGAGAGAAAGAGUGAGAGAUCUCAUUCUGAUUGUGUAAUUUCACCUGAAUUUGACCUCAGCUAAAGUGUUCUCUUGAUAAUCAAGAGCCAUGUCUCAUGAUGAUUCUUACAUAUUAAUGGAUGAAAUGGAUCCCACACCAGAAGAAUCAAAGAACAGCAGCAUAAAGCAAACGGCUUUACAAGAAUUUAGAACAAAACAAAUCUCACAUUGGAUUCUUCUUGUUGUAAGCAGCAUAUCAAUGUUAUUAGGAUUCCCAGCUUCAUCUUUACUUUCUAGAGUUUAUUACAACAAUGGUGGAAAAAGCAAAUGGAUCAUUUCAUGGGCAUCAAGCAUUGGUUGGCUUAUUCCAGCUUUAAUAUUACUUCCAAUCUAUUUCUUCUUUCAUAUCAAGCCCACCCCUUUGAAUUGGAAGCUCAUUGUUUCUUACAUUCUAUUAGGCUUCUUAAAUGCAAUUGAUAGCCUAAUGUAUGCCUAUGCUUAUUCAUAUCUCCCUGCCUCUACCGCUUCGCUUUUAGCUUCGUCAUCGCUCGUGUUCUCUGUACUCUUCGGUUACCUUCUCGUCAACAACAAACUCAACGCUUCGAUACUUAAUGCCAUCGUUGUUAUCACUGCUGCAGUUGUAAUGAUUGGUUUGGAUUCAAAUUCGGAUAGAUACGGAGACAUUACGGAUCGAGAAUACAUAUUUGGUUUUAUGUGGGAUAUACUAGGCUCUAUUCUUCAUGGACUCAUCUUUGCAGUAUCAGAGCUGGUUUUCAUAAAGUUACUUGAUAGGAAGUCAUUCCAUGUUGUGCUGGAACAACAAGUGAUGGUUUCUCUUUUCACUUUCUUGUUUUCAACUCUUGGGGUGUUGAUGAAUGAUGAUUUUCGAGAAAUGAAAUCGGAGGCUGCGAGUUUUGUUGGCGGUAUGUCGUCGUACUUGGUUGUGAUUGCUUGGAGCGCGGUUUCUUGUCAGUUGGGAGUGUUGGGAGGAACUGCUGUUGUGUUUUUGUCAAAUACAAUUCUUGCUGGAGUUUUGAAUGCUGUUAGAGUACCCAUUACAAGUAUUGGUGCUGUCAUGUUCUUGAAAGACCCUAUGAGUGGCUUCAAGAUUCUCUCUUUAUUUACCACUUUUUGGGGAUUCACCUCCUAUAUUUACGGCAGUUCCUCGAUAAGUAAUUAAGACGUUUUGGCACUUAGAAAAUCAAUCCAACACGUCAAAAAUGUAACACCCUUGUACGCAAUUUGCUCAUUUCAUGGUAAGAUGUCUUGUAGUUGUAAUGUUGAAGUAUUGUAGAAGAUUUUACAACCACGGGUAAUAAUGUCGCAUCGUUGAAUGUAUGAAAAAAGAGCCAACAAAUGUGUUUGUGAUAAUUUAUUUUUCUAAGGCCCUUUUUAAAUUUUGUGUUAGAAAUUUGUUGUGAGUUUGUCUCUACAUCAUAUUUGUUGCAUUCGAGUUAUCAUAAUUAAAUGGAUUAAACAA